AUGGCAACGGCGUCGGAUCUGACAGCGACGGUCGCGGUUGGUGGGUCGGCCGAUACGAAUUGUCAGUACGUGUACGGCGAUAAGUUCACCCGGUUUGUUGCCGCGGAUUGCCAGUCGGACUUGAGGAGCGUGUAAGGAGCUGACGGCGGGCUCCUCGAAGACGAUCGCGUCGCGGUCGGGACCGUUUGCGUGGCGCACGGCGACGUGUCGGGGAUAAUGUGCGGCAGUUGAAGCCAGUUUCCCGAGGAGACUGCAUCGAGUGGAGGUUCGACGACGGAUAAUAAGUGUGACCCGUUAUUUCCCCUGUCAAAGGGAAACACGCGAGAGUACCGGUGAUUUUUUCCCCCCGGACCCGUCGGGUCGGUUAACCGCGCGCGCGUUACAAUACCGCCGACGGUUUUUCCCCCGUGAACGACCGCCUCGCGUACAAUUCGCUCGGGCAUCUGAGACGCUCUUCAGAGUUCGAAGACACCGCGGGGGAUAGCUGUGACACCCCUCGUGUCUCCUCGACCAUUACCAAGGCCACGUGGACCACGUUGGGAGCCUGAACAAAAUAUGUGCCAGCAUGUCCGAAGCCGGGGCGCAGGAAGCAGCGAGCGGGGAGAUCGUCCGGCAGGCGUCGGUUUACGUGUUCCCGGGAUCGGUCCGUCCGCAGUACCCGAGCUUGUCGUCGGCUCCGUCGCAGCCGGCGGCCGUUGCCUCCGUUUCCGACGGGAUCGCCGCGGCGGCGAGCAACGCGUUCGCGAGAGGAGACUUCAACGAGGACGAGGCUGCGUCGCGGAUCAGGAGGCGGCCGUGCGCGAUGACCCACGCAAGGUCGGCCAGCCAUGGCGGGGUCCUUGCGGAGAGCCUGGCGAGCUCUGGACUCCAGGCGAACGUGGGCUCCUACCUUGGACCCCUGUCCGCGGUCAGCGGCGGGAGACCCUCCGCGCUGAAGAAGCCGGGACAUCAAAGAGCGUUCAGCCAAGGGCAGGUGGUCGACGUUCAAGGACACUCGGUGACCGGGCACAGCAGGGUUGGCUCCAGGACGGACUUCAUACUACCUCCGGGUCACAGAGAGGAGCCCCGGCCACCCACUGCUGGGAAGACACCCUCUUUUCGAGGUCACUCGCGGCAAGCGUCCAGAUCAGAAUCGAUAUACACGAUAAGACGUAGCGCGGAGCCGCCUUGGUGGAGGAGGCUCUGGGCUCGAUGCUGCGGUCCGCUGCCGGAGGAGCCUCGUCUGAGGACCGUAGUGCCGAAUCACUUGGUGCCGCCGAAGACACCGUCGAGUCAGCAUCCCAAUGGAAAGAGGGUGAACAAUAGAGUACGCACAACGAAGUACACCAUGCUGAGCUUCCUACCUCGCAACCUUCUCGAGCAAUUUCACCGCGUGGCCAAUCUGUAUUUUAUAUUUAUCGUUCUGCUUAAUUGGGUGCCAGCCAUAAACGCCUUCGGCAAGGAGGUCGCCAUGAUACCCGUGAUCUUCGUGCUGGGCGUGACGGCGCUUAAAGAUUACUUCGAGGACCGGCGGAGGCUCGCCAGCGACCGUCGUGUCAAUAACUUCACCUGUCGCGUCUACGUCGGGGAAGACGACAGGUAUGCAAAGGUGGCGUGGAAAGACGUGAAGGUCGGCGACCUGGUUCACCUCUCGAACAACGAACUAGUGCCGGCCGACGUGUUGCUCCUGCGGAGCAGCGAUCCUCAGGGCUUAGCUUACAUCGACACCUGCAACCUCGACGGCGAGACCAAUCUGAAGCAGCGGCAAGUGGUCAGGGGUUUCGUCGAUCUGCAGGACACCUUCCAGCCGGCCAAGUUCCGAUCGGUGAUCGAGGUCGAUCAACCUAGCACUAGAAUCUAUAGGUUUCACGGAGCAGUCGUUCACCCGAACGGCGGCAGAGUACCUGUUUCUACGGAAAACCUCCUACUCAGGGAAUGUUUGCUAAAAAAUACCGACUUCGUGGAGGGCAUAGUGAUAUACGCCGGCCACGAGACGAAGGCGAUGCUUAAUAACGGCGGACCCAGGUACAAGCGUUCCAGGCUCGAGAAGCAGAUGAACAGGGACGUGGUGUGGUGCGUGGUGAUCCUGCUGCUGCUGUGCGUGGUCGGCGCGAUCGGUUGCAGGCUCUGGCUGGCCGGUUACUCCAGCCUGUCGUUCGUCCCCUUCAUCCCUGUCCUCCAGGAGCCGAGCUACGAGAGCAUGCUGACCUUCUGGACGUUCGUGAUCAUCCUGCAAGUGAUGAUCCCGCUGAGCCUGUACGUGACCAUAGAGAUGGCGAAAGUGGGCCAGGUUUAUCAUAUCGGACACGACGUGGCGUUAUACGACGCGGACACAGAUCGCUCCGCUGAAUGCCGGGCGCUCAACAUCACGGAGGAAUUGGGUCAGGUACAGUACGUGUUCUCCGACAAGACCGGCACGCUCACCGAGAACAAAAUGCUGUUCAGACGGUGCGCGGUGGGCGGGCAGGACUACUCGCACACCGGGGAGGGUGAGAAUUUGGUGCCCUCCUCGCGGCUGAAGGAGGACCUGCUGAUAGGUACAUUUAGACACCAUCUACAAGAACUGCUAGUCGUAUUAGCGAUAUGUAAUACUGUUGUGGUCAAUUCUCAACCUCAUUACGACACCAUGAACUCCAGCGGGGUGAUCGAGGAGCCGCAGAAGAAUGGGGACGAGACCGGAAGGUACACGAGAAUGAUAGAGACCAGAAGUUUAACCCCGUCUCCGGUCAUUCCGUUGUCGACGCUGUCGCAUCCAGCGAACAACCUCGAGGACAACGUGUCGUCGAUUUCUUCAAUGGUGGAGAUGGAGUCUGUCCUUAAUCAUUCCUCGAAACUUCCUAAUAAGCUACCAAGGCCAAAAUUCCUAAACGUGACGUCUAUACCAAGCUUAGGAAUGGGACUGCUGGGAAGGAAACUGUCGCCGAACGGAGCGCAGAAGAGACGCAGCCCGUUGAGUCCCGUUACCGACGCUGCCAGGAAGAACGGAGACGUAUUGUUACCCACGGCGGCGAUUUACGAGGCGGAAAGCCCCGACGAGCUCGCUUUGGUGAACGCGGCUCGCGCGUACGACGUGAAACUGUUGAAACGCACCGCGCGUAGCGCGAUCGUGUGCCUGCCGGACAAAUCUAUCCUCACUUUCGAAAUACUUCACGUGCUGCCAUUCGACUCGAACAGAAAGUGCAUGUCCAUCCUGGUGCGGCACCCACUGACCAACGAGUUGGUGCUCUACAGUAAAGGAGCGGACACGGCAAUUUUCUCGUCGCUCACGUCUCAGGAAGAGAACUCCGCCACGACGACGAAAGUCCGCCAGCAUUUGCAGUCCUACGCGCGUCAAGGUCUCCGGACCCUGGUGAUGGCCAAGAAAUCCCUGACCGCGCAGGAAUACGAAACUUGGCGGCAAACGCAUACCGAGGCUGAACUCGCGAUGGAGAACCGAGAGCAUCGCAUCAAAGACUCGUACGCGAACCUCGAAUCUCACUUGACCCUUCUCGGCGCGACCGGGAUAGAGGACAAGCUUCAGGCUGGCGUGCCGGAGACUAUGGCUAACCUGGUCGCGGCAGGGAUUGUCGUUUGGGUCUUGACAGGGGAUAAGCCCGAAACUGCGGUGAACAUCGCAUACUCGGCGCGUCUGUUCUCGCCGGCAAUGCAAUUGCUGUGGCUGCAAGCGAGGUCCAAGACGGUCGCCGAAGCCUUGAUCCGUGGCUACCUAGAGUCCGCGCGCAGAGAGAGCGCGCUUUACGGAAACGAACACAGAGGAAUAGAUAAUAUCAGAGAGACGACAAUGUAUAACCGCGAUGCAGCGGAAAAUGACGCACACAGGAUAGACAGUCCUUGGCCGAAGCAAAGGGCACUGGUUGUGGACGGGAAAACACUGACCGUCAUCCUGGACCCACGUUCAGGAUUGACGAGACCGUUCCUCGAGUUGACCAAAACGUGCACCAGUGUGCUAGCUUGCCGAGCGACUCCUCUUCAGAAGUCGUAUAUAGUGCGUAUAGUGAAAGAACAGCUGGGGAUGAGAACGUUGGCGAUAGGCGACGGCGCGAACGACGUUAGUAUGAUUCAAACGGCGGAUGUGGGAGUCGGUAUCUCGGGACACGAAGGUACACAAGCCGUCAUGGCGGCAGACUUCGCCAUUUCACGAUUCUCGAUGCUUAGCAGGCUUCUCCUGUUGCACGGGCAUUGGUGUUACGAUCGCUUGGCAAGGAUGAUCUUGUACUUUUUUCAUAAAAAUGCUACCUUCGUCUUCCUUGUGUUCUGGUUUCAGAUAUACUGCGGCUUCACUGGAACAGUGAUGGUGGACCAAAUUUAUUUGAUGUUGUAUAACCUAAUGUUCACUUCGAUGCCACCCCUCGUGUUGGGCGUGUACGACCGAAUAGCUUCGCCCGGCCUACUGAUGUCCAUGCCACACCUGUACAAAAGGGGACGAUUAGGAUUAGUCUACCAGCCGCACUCGUUCUGGCUAACGAUUGCUGAUGCUUUGUAUCAAAGUAUCGUUAUCUUUUUCAUAAAUCACUCCGUGUACUAUGACUCGGCUGUAGAUAUUUGGGAAUUCGGAACCACUGUAAUGACGUGUUGCAUCGUUGUUAUGCUUGCCCAUGUUGCCAUAGAAGUUCGAUCUUGGACCAUAAUCCAUCUAUUUGCUAUAAUGGGGUCGUUGAGCGUGUUUUUUGGAUUCUGUUUAAUUUACAACGUAGUGUGCGUGAACUGCAUGGGCCUACUUUGCUCGUAUUGGGUAAUGGAGACUGCCGUAAUGAGGCACACGUACUGGCUCACCGUAAUACUUACCUGUGUCCUGGCACUGCUACCCAGGUUAUUGUACAAAACCAUAAUAUCGACCGUAUCCCCGGACCUCACAGAAAAUGCCAUGUUCAAGGCACUGAAGGCCGGAGGCCAUCGACAACGAAUCGCUGAGAGAAGCGAGAAUAAUUUAAUCGCUGGUUGGUCCCGCUCGACUCAACAUGCUACGAUAAGAACUGGAACUAAAAACGAUACGUUGACGACUAUCGUUGCAUGACAUACCCUGAAACGUCCAACAAGACUGUCAGCAGCUUACAGCAAGUCCGCGGACACUGUCAAGAUUGCUGCUCUAGCGAAAAUCUUAAAGAGAGACGCGACGGCGUCGAUUUGUCGCAUUUCAACUGUGUACUGUUCCUAAGGUUCAAAGAAGUAUUGCUAGGAAGUUUACGUUAAGUAUAUAGUGUGCAUCCUCGGUUCUAAUCAAAAACCCGUUUCACCGUACCGGAGGCACGUUGCUCGCUGAUAUCUUGUCGUCUACCGUCGAUCGGUUUCGAGUAGUGUUUCUUUAGUUGUUGAAUCGAGUGGCUUUAACAUUUCCGAUUAUUGUUCGUUGCAUUUGAUGGCUGUGACUUUUAGGGACCAAGACUGUUAGUCCGUUAGCAAUAUCGUCGUCCACCGGCGAUUCCAGUGCGAGCUCCAUGCGGGACUUGUUCGAGCGCGGGUUGCAUAUCGAAUUAAGUAGAGUGUAAUUCAGGUCGUAAGUGUCUUCUUAAGGAUAAGAAACAGGAAGUGUGUACAUGUAAAACGAUCGUAAUGUAUGCUUGGAUGUAAUCGUACACAAUAAUAAUAUAUACUGACCUGCAUAACUGGUAAACUCAAUGGUGCUAUACAGAGAUCUUUGGUUUUAUGAAAAUUAUAUAAAGACGCUGGUAGACGAAUCCUAGGGCGGAUACUGUACAGAGCAACUAAUUACUUUGUUAAUAGAUCCUUAGACCUGUUCAGCACAUUUUGGACAUGUAGCGAACUGUAUGGGCCCGAGGAUCGCGGAUGGCCUGGACCAUAAAUCACCUUUUCCUUAUGGUUCCGUUGUUUUUACCAUUACCUCCAAGAAUACAUUGUCUCGUACCAAGUUAACGUUGUACAAAUAGUAUAGUUCUGUUGUAUAUGCAAGCGGAAGUCCUUGUGCGACGUCCUCGAAGCUCGCGACUGUAUUAUUAUUGUAAUUUUGGAAACGUACGUGUACAAGCGCGCUCUGCCAGCAUAGAAGUUCUAUUAUACAUGUGUAUAUUCAACAUAACCGACGACACGUUGCACGUGUUGACAUAGUAUUUUGAUAUACAACUGACAGCAACUGCGUGUAUGUAGCGACGAUAGUAAACCGAGUGUUCUUUACAUUU